GCCACAGAUCCAGCUACGGGCUUCGCGGAUCUUCGGGAUCCACAUGUGCUGCUGGAUGUCAAGGGCCAUUUGCAGCUGGAACCCCUUUCCCGCCGACUCCUUCGGUCCGUGUCGAUCGAGUUUCCGGGCCACCUGCACUGGAUGCCUCCUGCCCUGGAACGCCUCGAGAAAGAGCCCGAGAACGUUGAUAUCUCUAUGCUGCCUGAGGUCAUCGGACUGCGGACCAUCCGGGGAUCCGUCGACCACAUCGUGGAGUGCCAGUAUGAGCAGAGCUGUACCUGCACCCUCGACGCCGUGAGAAGCCUGACAGGGCAGUCCCCGAUGUUCUGGGCCGAGCUUUUCCUGCUGACUUUGGUUCUCUAUUACGUGGACAUCGUGCUGGACCUGAAACAACUGUGCUUGUUCUGGCAAAACAAACUUUUCGGCUACUUCUUCCUCAACGUCGCCGGCAUGGCGCUACCGCCAGUUUUCACAACAUUGGAGGCGGUGGAUUUCCUCGAUCGGCGAUCGCCAGAAGAAGACCAGCUGAAGACGCUCCUUACACCCAAGAUGCUGGUGCCAGCCAUGCUCCUGUCCAUCUGCACCCAAACGCAUAUGAUCCUCCUCGUCGCAGCCUCUGCCCUGUCACGACGGCGCCAUCCGCUGCUUGCAGGAGCCAAGCAUGCAGAGGUGGCGGAAUCGGCGGUGUCUGCCCUGGUACAGACCAACUUCCUAGUCUCGGCGCUGGGUGGCAUCGCACAGAUCGAGGCCCUGGAGCUGCCCGACGACCAGCUCGACAGCAUGAAGAUUUCAGUCCUCGUCUCUUGCUUCAGUCUGGGCCUGGGCUUCGCCAGCCGAGACAAGGCCGACUCGGCGGUUCUGGACCUGCCAGGGAAAGUCGGCUGGGGGCCAACCAUGGGCGGCCUCGUCCUGGCGAGGUCACUGGAAGUCUUCAGCCGCAUUCUGGCACUCAACGUUCUCCAAGCGUCCCUACGGGGCUUGCCGCUGCUGCGAUUCGCCGGGGUCGGAGCAGUGGCACUCGCUUUCCUCGCGGCUUGCCUGGCCUUCCCGGACGCCUCCUGGGCCGACGCCGCGGCCCCUCGGCUCGGCCCGGCAGCUGCAAGCGCAGCUGCAA